GCCUCCACCUUCCCCUCCCCCGUUCCGUGGCUUUCCGUUCGCCGCCUGCCCCGCCCCCGUUGCCCCUGGCGGCUCUUUGUUGACUUCCGGGAGCUGGGGCGCGCGCUCCCCCGCCGAUGCCCGGAGCUGCGCCAUGGGGACCGUGGGGGCCGCCAACGAGGAGGACGGGGCGCAGCCCUAGACCGUGCCGAGCCGCCCCCGACAUGGGGGAGCCUGAGGAGCUGGUGCCGGAUUCAGGUGCUGUUUUCACUUUUGGAAAAAGCAAGUUUGCAGAAAAUAUUCCCAGCAAGUUCUGGUUAAAAAAUGAUAUACCUGCAUAUCUAUCAUGUGGAGAUGAACAUACUGCUCUUAUAACAGGAAACAGUAAACUCUACAUGUUUGGCAGCAACAAUUGGGGCCAGUUAGGAUUAGGAUCAAAGGCAACAAUCAGCAAGCCAACUUGUGUAAAAGCUUUAAAACCUGAAAAGGUAAAAUUUGCCGCAUGUGGAAGGAACCAUACCUUGGUAUACACAGAAGAAGGAAAUGUAUAUGCAGCUGGAGGUAAUAGUGAAGGGCAGUUGGGACUUGGUGACACUGAAGAGAGAACUACUUUUCACCUAGUCAGCUUUUUUACAUCCCAAUACAAGAUUAAACAGCUUUCUGCUGGAUCUAACACUUCAGCUGCACUAACUGAGGAUGGGGACCUUUUUAUGUGGGGUGACAAUUCUGAAGGGCAAAUUGGUCUAGCAAAUGAAUCUAAUGUGUGUGUCCCUUGUCAAGUGGCCAUUGGAAAAUCUAUCUCAUGGAUCUCUUGUGGAUAUUAUCAUUCAGCCUUUGUAACUACAGAGGGUGAACUCUACACAUUUGGAGAACCAGAGAAUGGAAAGUUAGGUCUGUCACCUGAGCAACUGAAAAAUCAUAGAAUUCCCCAGUUGGUUCUUGGAAUUCCUGGAAAAGUGAAUCAAGUGGCUUGUGGUGGAGGGCAUACAGUAGCUUUAACAGAGGAAGAAGUAUAUACAUUUGGCCUUGGGCAAUUUGGACAAUUAGGUCUUGGUACUUUUAUAUUUGAAACCUCAGAACCAAAGGUUAUUAAACAUCUUCAGAAUCAGAAAAUUCAUUAUAUUGCAUGUGGAGAAAACCAUACUGCUUUAAUAUCAGAUACAGGCCAUAUGUAUACUUUUGGAGAUGGUCGACAUGGAAAAUUAGGACUUGGACAGGAAAAUUUUACUAAUCAAUUUGUACCCACGUUGUGCUCUAAUUUUUUGAAAUUUGUAGUCCGUCUGGUUGCUUGUGGUGGAUGCCACAUGCUAGUUUUUGCUACUCCAAGGCUCAACAAAUCUGAAGAAGUUACAGAAGAAAAAGUAAACGAUAGUGGCCUCACUGUAGUUUCUUGUCUUGGUGAUGAUCAGCCUUUAGGAAACACCUUGCAGAGAUCAUUAUCUGCAAGGUCUCGGAGAAGAGAAAGGGAAAAUUCACCAGAACAACACGGUCGAAUGAUAAGAACUUUACCCCCAUUGGAAGUUCCUUUUAAACCGCCAGUACAAGCCUCCAACAGUACAAUUCCUCUCAGGUUCCCUGUAAACAAUCAUUCUGAUGGAAAUAUAAAUACUGAAAAUGAGAACCUACAAGUAGCUGAAACAGAUGAGCCAAUUCAAGAGAAAGAGAAAAGUAGUUCUUCAGCAGAAGAGUCAGAACCUGAAAACGAUCAGAGAAGUCUUGGAGACACUACUGAUGUUCUAAAUAUGACACAUAUGAUGAGCCUGAAUCCCAUUGAUCAAUCUUUAAGAUUGUCCCCAAUUCAAAAACAAAAGAAUCUUGAAACAACCAAGAAAGAGGAGAAACACGAAUCUUAUACUGAAAACAAUUCUGAUACCGAAUGUGAAAAAGGUAGUGGAGUUGAAGAGAUGUCAGAGACUAGCAAAGAGAGGCAGACCCAGAAUGAGUCUUUGGAGGAGGAGGAGCAAACAACAGAAGCUAAGUCACCUUCAGUCGAGAAUAUAAAUAGUGACUUAGCUGAAUUUGUACCAAAAGCAAAUCCUGAUGAAGAAAUUUCAAAGACAGAGACACUUAAAAGUGAAGAGGAGUUAAUAAAUACUGAUAAGAGCUAUUGUCACAAAUUAGUGGAGGAGGAAAGUGACGAAGGAAAUAGUCUAAAGAAUUUAGAAACCAUAGAAAUGGCUUCUGACAAUGAAGUAGAGCAAGACCUGACUCAGCAACUAGAAGGUCUAAAGGAUGAAGGGAAGGAAAGAGAGAAUUUAGAAAAAAAUGAUAAUAAAUCCUCUAAUGGUCCACAGGAUCAAGACAUAAAGGAAGAACUUCCUCAGAAUGAACAUAGUGAGACAAAUGAAAUUAAAAUUAAAGAUGAAGAAAAUGAAGGCUUUGUUGAAGAUCUUAUAAAUGAGAAAGAAGAUAAAAUCUCUGACAAUGAAAAAGAAUCUUUAGAAGAGUCAGAAAAUAACGAGGGUGAAAAUGCUAGUGAACAGGAUGUAGUUGAGAAUUUUAAGGAAUUUCAGUCAAAUAAGGAAUGUUAUAAUGAAGAAAAAGAAGAUAGUGAAAAGAUAGAUGACCAGCUGUGUAACCUAGAGGGUGAUGAGAAAGAGAUUAAGGAACAGGCUGAAGAGGAAAAAAUAGAAAUAAAUGCCAAAGUUGAUGGUGGAGAUGGCCAAGUGAUAGAAACUCAGGAAGGAGAAAAGAUGAAGGGAGAGAAGGCAUAUAAGGAAGAGGCAGAGGAGCUAGAGGAAGAAGAGGCAGAGGAGGAAGAGCCAGAGCCAGAGGAGGAAGAGCCAGAUGAGGAAGAGCCAGAGGCAGAGGCAGAGGCAGAGGCAGCAGAGGCAGAGGCAGAGGCAGAAGCAGAAGCAGAAGCAGAGGCAGAAGCAGAGGCAGAGGCAGAAACAGAGGCAAAGACAGAGGCAGAAGCAGAGACAAAGGUAGAGGAAGAAGAGGCUGAGGCAGAGGAGGAAGAGGCAGAGGAGGAAGAGGAACAUGAAGAGGCUUUGGCUUCCUCAGUCGAGGAAAAUAUGGCUAUAAUUGAAGCAGAAGAGGAAGAAGCAGAGCAAGAGACAGGUGAAAGAGAGGAAAAUGAAGAGGAUCAAAAGGAGUCAUAUGAAGAAAGCACAACACAAGAAACAGAUGACAAAGGCAUGGAAGCUAAUAAUGAAUCUACAGAUGAAGAAAGUAAAGAAAUGCCAAAGGAAGAGGAUGUCAAAUCAGAGAACCACAACGAAGCAUACACAGAAGGAGCCAAUGACCCUGUAGCUGAAAUCUUUGAAAAGGAAGAAAAACUUGAGCAAGCUGAACCAGCCAUUCUGGAAUGCAAUGAAAGUCAGAAAGGAAAUACAAAUGAACGGAUGCCACGCAAUUCAGAAGUCCAGGAAUAUUUUAUAGUAGCACCAAAUAGACUUCUUAAAAAAUCACGAACGGUUUCUCUUUUUAAGAGGAAAUCAACGUCAAGUCAAAAAGUGCAGAGUAUUCUGGAAGCAAAACCUAUGGCUGAGCCACUCGUAGUUGUAGAAGCAAGACCAAUAGGAGAUCAAGCAAAUGUUAGGAAAGAGAGAAAGGAUGAAAACCAAAACCACACAGGGCAGAACCAUAUGGAACCUUCAUCAUCUAAUCAGGAGAGAAAGUCAAAGUCAUGUACAAUUCUAUAAAUACAUAUUUAUUGUUUGUGGUCUCCACGCACAUGUUGCAAUUUAUACUUGAAAAAAAAAAUUAUGACUUCUGAAAGAAAGUUGCUGAUAAUGAACUUUGUACUGUAAGCUAAUUUUGUUUUCUUGGGGUUUGGACAUUGUGACCAUGGUAUUGGUAUUUAUUUCUACUGAUAAUAUUAGUAUAAGAAGUACACUCUGAAAAUCUUACUAAAGUGUUGUGGCCUUAAUUGUUCAGUGUUGUAAUAAAAAUAUAUUUUUUUAUGUGAAAACUGAAUUCAGACAUUUAAUAAUUUUUACUAAGCAAUUUUUACUCUACGAUUCUUUGAAACAAUAUUCCAAAACUCAUGACAGUGUACCCAUUUGUAACUUUUUGCAUUGUUUAAAAAACAUAAGAAAAACUUUUCAGUGGGAAUAUUUUAAUAAAUCAUCUCUGGUAUGUUACAUUCUUAGAAAUGAUAAUAGGAAUAAAAGUUGGAGGGGCAUUUGCAGCUAUUAGUUGAAAAAAAUCAAGACAAAAAUGAAAUUUGUUUAACAACACUUAUUUUAUAAAUUGUCACUUGUAAGUGCUGAUGAAAGCAAAAAAAAAAAAAAGCUGCUGAUGUAAAUAGCCCACUUUUGUAGAAUAACAAUAGUGUAGUUUUGUUAUUUACAUUUUUUGAGCCAUUGGUUUGAAAUUUUUCCAUUUAUUUAUAAGACCAAGUAGCCUAACUUUGAAUUUUUAAGUUUGCCCUUUUAUGAUAGUCAAACAAGACCAUAACAAGAUUAGAUCUGAUCAUUUUGACAUUCUCUAAGAUAAACAGUAGAUACCAUGACCAAAUAAAUCACGUGGCAAACUGCAUCAAUCAUUGAGGUUACAGAUGCUAAGAAUAUCCAUGAUAAUGUAGGUACUUUCUUAUAAAAUAAAGUUUUACUUAUAUCAUUGCCCUUUAUAGGAAAGACUAUGCAAUAGACUCUGUAUGUUAUACAUAUGCAAUGUGCAUAAAGACUAUGCAAUAUAGACUUUGUAUGUAACCCCUUAAUUAUAUAAUGGUUUGUACUUAUAUUGAAGUCACUAUCACUACAGCAGUGGAAAGGAUAUUCUUUUUAUUAAAUUCUUGCUGAAGUCAUAUACACAGCACCAGUGAGAUGCAGUGAACACCUCCCAUUGUCCCAAAUUUAGGCUUACUUGAAGAUAACCAAAAUUGUUAGGUAAUUUUAAAGGUAUUUUCCCAAGGUCAAAGCGUUCCUCAGAGCCAUAAUUUCUAGGACUCAUCAAAAUAAAAAUCUCCUUUUCUCUCUUCCUUCCCCCUCUUCCUUUUUCCCCCCAAUUCCAAUUCUUUCUUUGGUUGAGUAGGGGAACCCACUAGCAUAUAUUACACUUUUGUACCAUCCCUUUCCGGCUAUUUGCAGACCUCAUACAAAGUGGCAUGGCACUUGUGUGAUACCACAUCAGCCACUAGUUGGCACUAUCACACCACCUACCUUUAUAAGGAAACAUUGUAAGGUUCAGUGUAACUUUUUUAUUUAGGAAGAAAAGAUCUAGGCAGCAGGCUGUCUUUUUUCCCCUUCCAUUCCCAUUCAGAUGAUAAUAUCUUAAAUAUAAAGAUCUAUAGCUCAACGGUUCCUUCAAAGGGAUGCUAUUUAGACCCGAGCUGGUUCUUGUGUACCUCCCCACCACAGACCUUUGGUUACCGUAACAUGAUUUUGUGAUUGUCCUGUGUACCUUUGAGGAGAAUUCCAAUUUUACUAAUGGCAAAUCAAUGAAAUUCCUGGUGACUUGGUUGUUGCAAAUAUAGCAUUACUAUUACAAAAGUGUUUCUAUGCACUUGCUCUCUUUCUCUUUCCCCUGCUCAUACUCUCAUAUCCACCUUUGCCUCCUUUUCCUCUCUCCCAUUCCAUAUACACAGUAGGAUUCCAAUACAAGAAAAGGUUAGAGUGCCAAGAAAUGCUAGAGAUUUUGGCUGAAAAUCUUUCCCUUUAUUAGGAAAAGGGAUAAUUAAGAGGCUAGGGAAAAUGGGCUUAGAAAAGAUUUUGGUAAAAGAGGUCAGAAGGCAUAUAGUUAUCAAGUAAAUAAAUAACACUGCUUUUUCAGAAGAAAUGUAUUAAUACCUUUCUCAAGUGUGCUUUGUAGUAGAGGAUAAUGAAAACCAAGGUGUACCUCCAUUGUAGGAGGUGAUAUUUGAUAGUAACAGCACCAACAAAACUAUCUCCCUUUAGAUUAUGAAGCAUGCUUGUACUGUGUUCGUAAUUUGAAUUUUGUUGAGUAGCUGACCUCUGAAAGAAACUAUCUUAAGGAAAAUACAGGGCAAUUAAAAAUGGAUGGUUACGUUAGACUGCUAAUAGAGGUUUUAGAACCAUUUUGAAUAUAACUUAAAAGUUCCAAUUGGAUGAAAAGGGGACAUUUGAAUACAAACUUCUAGAGAGAAACCAAUUUGUCUUUGCAAUUUUUUUUUCAAUGAAUGAGAAAGAUCAUUGUUAGAAUUAAUACAACAGAAUUGUCAAAACCAACUAAUUUCAAUAAUAAAAGGGCUUGCAUUUAUUAAUA